CAGGGAAAAGAAACCGCCCAUCACACACCCCGAGGAAUCUUAUAACCUCGGGAGGCAGGUCCUACCUCACUGUGGUCACACACCUCCAGAGGAACGGACAGAGCAGCCACAGCUCCUGCACUCCGCAUCUGUCUCAGCCGCUGGACCGUCCAGAACUCUUCAUCCGAAAGACAAGAUGUUGGUGCUGCUCGCUAGUAUCUUUGUGGUCCACACCGCCACUGACAUCAUGCUGUUUGUGUCUACCAUUUCCAAUGUCUGGGUGGUAUCAGAUUACGCAGACUCGUCUGUGGGUCUCUGGAGAAACUGUACCAAUGGGGACUGCAGUAGCUCCCUGUCCUACGGGGGUCAAGACGCCCUCAAGGCGGUGCAGGCCUUCAUGAUCCUGUCCAUCAUCUUCUCCGUGAUCUCGCUCGUGGUCUUCGUGUUCCAGCUCUUCACCAUGGAAAAGGGGAACAGGUUCUUCCUCUCGGGGGCCACCAUGCUGGUGUGCUGGCUGUGCAUCCUGGUCGGCGUGUCCAUCUACACUCACCACUACGCCAACAGCAACGAGAACUUUUACAACGGCAGCAGCAGCCACCACGGCUACUGCUUCAUCCUGACCUGGAUCUGUUUUUGCUUCAGCUUUAUCAUUGGCAUCCUCUACCUGGUCCUGAGAAAGAAAUAAGGCCCCCCCAAAAAAAGAAGUGUAGGGGCUUGUGGGGGGGAGGAGGACAGCCGUUUAACCUGGGAGGGAGGUGGAAGUCAUUGGGUAGGCAAAACCAAGAAGGGGGAGGGGGGAGGGGAAGGGAGAGACGUGGUGGGAGAGUUCCAAACUCCAGCGAUUCCUGCAAGGGCCAGGGGGCGCCUCCGUCCAGCGCCUGCCCUUGAAAGAAGCCUGGAGAUGUGGCCUCCUGCUGUCCCCAGUCACACAUCACACGUUGCCUGGAACAUCAUCAGGUGACAUGCCACUGGCUAUGGGGUCACACACUGAGGUCCGGAAGGCAUCUGGCACCAAGUUCCAAUAGCGGUACAAGUUCCGGCAAGAGCAGAUUAACUGUUUGCGCAUCAACCAUACAGAGAGGGCCUGCAAGCCAUCCGAUCCGAUCCUUCUGACCCAAAGCAUAAACAUCACAUUGGAUCCCAAGUACCGUAAGGAGGGUUUUGGCCAGGGAGUCACUGUCUCUAUUUGGUGACUUUUCUUUCUUUUUUUUUUUUUUUUUUUGACAAAAGAAGAGGAAGAGAGAUGGUUUGUAAGGUCAAGUCUGAGGCUUGGCUAAACCAAGAAAGAACUUUUCACCACACAGGGCCUGGGAGAAUGAGUAGAGCCAGGGCCAGACCUCACGCAGCACAUGGAGGCAUCUUGCCGUGGACUUUGCUAGAUUGUUCCUUAGAAACCAAGUCCACUCUUCUGGCGUUUAUCUCCAGAGCCAUUGACAAUCAAUUCAGUAGUGAAGGCACCAUAUGAAUCGUGGGGUCAAAAGUCACUAUCCUUGCAGUGCCAUAGUAUAGGGCUUUAGGACUCCCCUCAAUGUACAGUGUAACAGGAGAAAGAUGGACAUGACCCCUUGUGGCACAAUCUUCUUUCUCUGAAUUACAAGCUUUCCAGGAAUUUCUGUCUAAUGAUUAGUGGGGACCAGAGCACCUUCGCUCAAUGGUCCCUGUAGCCUUGACCUUCCCAGGAGAGAUCCUUAGCCACCCUGUGCAAAGUGCCCAAAUACACAAGUGUAAACCAAAGAACAUGUCCUUGGGAGAAAGGUGCUACAUGACAGCGAAGUAUUAGGCACACCGUAUUCGAGUCAUGACCAGAACAGAAUGCCUGCUUCCAGGAGAAUUGAAAAAAA